AUGCCUGUGAUACCAGCUCGCAAGGCUGUAGCCUUCAAGCUGGAGGCAGGCCAGGAGCUGAAGAUCACAAACACGUUUGGCAAGCAGGUCCUCGACUUCUGGGCCUUCAACCCUGCCGAACCCAAUGACUUCCUCUCCAUGGUCCACUGCCGGACGAUCCUGCUGAGCGUAGCCCUGCACAAGGGAGACAAGCUGUACAGCACGCGGCGCGAGCCGAUCUUGGAGCUGACUGAGGACACUACGCGCGGCGUCCACGACAUGAUCUGGUCGGCAUGCGACGAGAGGCGCUACCACAUGCAGGGCUACCAAGGCUACCACGACAACUGCUCCGACAACAUGCACCAGGCACUCAGGGACAACUUUCCAGAGUUUCGCAUUGCGGACGACUGGGUGCCUGACCCUCUCAACCUGUUUAUGAACAUCCCCAUCGACCACCACGGAGGCAUCUCGAUCCGCCCUCCCACAAGCGAGGCGGGCCAGUACGUCGUGUUCCGGGCUGAGACCUCGCUCAUCAUCGUCAUGAGCUCAUGCCCGCAGGACAUUGACCCCGUCAACGCGGGGACCCCCACGGACUGCGAGUACGAGAUCCUGGGGCAGCAACCUUCUUCCGCCGCCACCACCACAAGCAUCCCUUCCUCGCUCUCCCUCAGCCCGUCACGUCCUCGCAAGGUCAAGAUCGCGCUGUCGGUCGACUUUGACGCCGUCUCUCACUGGCUAGGCACCGGCUGCCACGCGCACAACAACAUGGCCGACUACUCGUCGGGCAUCUUCGCGGGCCAGGUAGGCGUCUACCGGCUCCUCGACCUCUUCAAGUCCCACGGCGUGGCCGACAAGAUGACGUGGUUCAUCCCGGGCCACACGUCCGAGACGUUCCCCGAGGCCGCGCAGGCGGUGUUCGCGUCGGGCGCCGAGAUUGCGCUGCACGGCUACUCGCACGAGGGGAUCGCGCAGAUGACGCCCGAGCAGGAGGCCGCCGUGCUGCUCAAGUGCAUCGACGUGGCGACCAGGCUGGCGGGCGGCAAGAAGCCGCGGGGCUACCGGGCGCCCAUGUACACGAUCCGCGAGACGACGGUCAAGCUGCUGCGCGAGCACGGGUUCCUGUACGACAGCUCGCUGAUGCACCACGACUCGCAGCCGCACUUUACCCCCGCGGACGAGCCCAUCAGGCCCAUCGACUUUACGCAGCCCGCCGAGUCGUGGCUCGUGCCCUCGGCCAUCGCCUCGCAGGCGUUCCCGCCCGACGGGACGCACCCGCUCGUCGAGCUCCCCUGCGGCUGGUACAACGAGGACAUGAUGCCCAUGAUGUACCUCCCGCACCUGUCCAACAGCAUGGGCUACGUCUCCACGCGGGUCGUCGAGCAGAUGUGGAAGGACAAGUUCAUGUGGCUGUGGGAGCAGGGCUACCGGGAGGGCGACGCCUCGGCAGACUUUGUCUUCCCCUUGCUCGUGCACCCGGACGUGAGCGGGCUGGCGCACAUUAUCGGCAUGAUCGACCGGUUCUUGCAGUGGCUCAGGGGUUUCGGGGAGGCGGUUGAAUUCUGCAGGUGCGAGGACAUUGCCGAGGCUUGGCUUGCCGAGCAGGUAAAGAAGAAGCAGGCCGCUGGAUUGUGCCCACCAAAGUAG